CCAGGUGGUGCAGCAGGUGGUGGCGCAGCCCGUGGUGGCGCAGCCCGUGGUGGCGCAGCCCGUGGUGGCGCAGGCGACGGUGGUCCCCCAACAGCAGGUGGUGGUGCAGCAGGUGGUUGUCGCGCAGGCGGUGCCGCAGCCACAGCCGCAGCCGCCGCCGCAGCAGAGCUGGAGCAGCAGGGCGCGUGAGCCGCCGAGGAUCCCCGAAGAGCUCCUGGAGAUGAGCGAGUGGUGGGAGGACGGGAGGCUCCAGGCGGCCUCCCUGGAGGAGCGCAUGGAGGCGUUUGUGCAGAUGCAGGCCAAGAUGUUCAAGGCCGUGCGGCACCACGAGCGGCAGGUUGACAUCCUCGGUUCCAAGGUGGACGACGUGUGGGGGCAGGUGCCGAAGGUCGUGGCCCUGCUGGAGCCGCUGCAGGCGCAGGCCCUCCAGGACCAGCCAGCGGCCGGCGCGGAGGACGCCCGGUCUCAGAUCCAGACGCUCCGGAGCGCCCUGGCCAAGGUCCUGCAAAAUACGCUGGAGGACCUCCGUGCCGACCUCGACCAGUCUGUCGCCGCGCUGCGGCUGGAGCUCGGUGGCGCCCUGGGCGCCAAGGCGGGCGCCAAGGACCUCGCGGCGCUGUCGAGCCGGCUGGACGCGUGGGCGCAGCAGAUCUCGGCGGGCACGCGGGAGGCGUCCCCCGACCCGCCCGAGCCGAUCGCCGGCCGCAGGAAGCCGCGCGGCGUGAUGACGGCGAGCCCGGACGUCAGCGGCGAGCGGUUCCACCGGCACGACGCGUGCAUGGUGCCGACCUGCCCACGCUCUGUGGCGACCUCCAAGAGCACGGGCCGUUUGCCCGAGCUGAAGAGCCCCGCGGGCGCCCGCAGGGCCCCCUGAGGAGGCCCCGCCGCCCCCUUCGGCCGAAGCGGCGGGAUGCGGCGUGGCGGCCGUCCGCGGCGGCCCCAAUGGCCGGCAGAUGAGGCCGCCGUGUGAUGUCGUGUAGGCUCUCGCCUGGAAGAGGGGAG